UUAAACUAUGCUCCCUCGUACGUGCUCUUUCAGAAUGCUCGUUAAGUGGAUCGCAAAAUUUUGGGCCUGAAAGAUGCUUGUAAUACAAUAUGAUUGCAGGCGUAUGCACAGUCAUUCAGUAGGAGGAUUCUGAAAGACUUAAAGCAAGGAGCAGCAUUUUGCUAUGCCUCGAGGAAGCCUCAAACUUCUGAUAAAGACUACCCUGCCUUCAUGUCCGAUUGGCUUUGUGCUUGCUGACUCUCUGCACUUAUCUAGUGGAAAGACUAGUCUUGAGCGUUCUCCUGCGUAUUAUGUUCCUAAUAGAGACUUCUCUGUCAAAAGAAAUGCAGAGGAAACUGAAUUUGCCUGCCAAUUAGAGGAGACAAUCACAUCCAGUAACAUCAAAACUGAUGGUGUCUCCCAUUCCAAAUUGACUAGCAUGUAUGAUCAUACAGAACCAGAGUUGGAUUCUUGUAAUUUGGCUCUUGAAGGUGCUAGUGAAGCUGGAAUGGUUCAAAAGCUUAUGAAGUCAUUUCAAACUCGUGAGGAACUAGAAUUUGCUCUUGACAAUUCUGGGUUAAUUAUAACUAAGGAGUUGGUUUUAGUGGUGCUACAUAGGCAUCGAUCAGAUUGGAAACCUGCGCUUUUCUUCUUCCAAUGGGCCUCUAAUCGAGGGAAUUAUUCUCAUGAAUCUGGUGUUUAUAAUGUGAUGAUUGAUAUCUUGGGUAGAAUGAAGCGUUUUGAUGAAAUGUGGCAUCUUGUAAAGGAAAUGUACUCAUCCAAAGAUGGGCCUUCAUUUGUAACAGAGAGAACAUUCGAGAUCCUUAUUAACAGAUAUGCAGCUGAUCACAAAGUCGAGAAAGCCAUUGAGACAUUUUACAAGAGGGAGAAUUUUGGCCUAAAGCUUGACAAAGUUGCUUUUCAAAUUCUUUUAUUGGCUCUUUGUCGUUACAAGCAUGUUCAAGAAGCAGAGUCUCUUCUUUAUUUGAAGAAAGAGGAGUUUCCUCUUGAAAUUAGGAGUAGAAACAUAAUCCUUAAUGGGUGGUGUUUAAUGGGAAAUUUACGGGAAGUUAAGAGGUUAUGGAAUGAUAUAAUCUCUUCAGGUUGUGCACCUGAUCUUUAUACAUAUGGGAUUUUCAUAAAUGCAUUAACCAAAGGUGGUAACUUGGGCAGCGCUGUAGAGCUUUUCAAAUCAAUGUGGGAGAAAGGAUUAACCCCAGAUGUUGCAAUAUGCAACUCUAUAUUGGAUGCUUUGUGCUUUAAGAAGAAGAUACCCGAAGCUCUAAGUAUAUUUAAUGAAAUGAACGAGCGAGGUUGCCUCCCUGAUGUUGUGACAUACAACUCACUUAUUAAGUACAUGUGCAAAAUAAGGAGGAUGGAGAAGGCUUACGAGCUUUUGGAUGUAAUGGAGCAAAACGGGUGCACCCCAAAUGCUAGGACUUACCAUUUUUUCCUUAGGUCAACUAAGAACAAAGAGGAGUUCUCUGAAUUAUUGAAAAGAAUGAAAAGAACAGGGUGUGUCUUUACGAGUGAUACCCAGAAUUUGAUUUUGAGGAUUCUUACAGGCUGGGAUGAUUUUCAGGGGGCUUAUGGCGUGUGGAGAGAGAUGGAGAGAGGGGGGAGAGGCCCUGAUCAAAGGUCUUACACUGUGAUGGUACAUCGACUCUAUGAAAAGGGAAGGAUGGAUGAGGCUUUUGGAUACUAUGCUGAGAUGAUAUCGAAAGGUAUGAUUCCAGAGCCAAGAACCAAGUUGUUGGCUGAUGCGUAUGAACUCAAGCAAGCAGGGAAGUACCAGAUACGUGAUCAAUCAGAUACAGAAAAAAGGCCACUCUUGUAGUUCUACCAAUCAUAUGCCAGAAUUUCCAAGUUUGAUU